AUGUCGGGACUGCUGGCUUGGAAAUCACCCUUUCUGAUGAAUGCUGUUGUUGAUGCGUUGAAUAUAUCACCCGAUGAUGAAGUUCUGGAACUUGGAAUUGGGUUCGGCGAUGGUGUGUUGUGCUCUUACAAGCAUAUAAGAGAAGGCAAAGGAACAGUAUACAGUGUGGAUAAGUGGACUUCAUUGUUUGGAGCGGUUCAAGGACGUUUUCCAAAGAGUGCAUUGGAAGAUAAACGGAUUGUACUCGAUGCAAAGCUUUUGCCAUUUAACAAUGAAUUUUUCGACAAAAUAUUUCAUGUUCAUUCACCAUAUUUUUGGACAUCUGAUUUACCAGCAACACUAGCUGAGAUAAUUAGGGUGCUGAAACCCGGCGGUAUCUUCCUCUCCGGCAUACACUUGAAAAAGUUAGAGUUGCUGGAAAAAGCGAAAUUGAUAAGGCGGCGGCAGUUUGAUCCAACUCGAUAUAUUUUCGAGUUGGAACCCGCUGGAUUUGCAGAUAUCAAAAUGGAGUAUAUCAAAGGAAAAACGAAUACGGAGUAUCAGUUGAUAUUCGCCAAAAAGCCACUAGAAAUCAGAGAGUUACGUGAUCCGGAUAAAGUCGCUGCUGCUCUAGAAAAUAAAUUAAUGAAGGAAUACUUUAUUGAUUAUAGUAUCGAGGGUCAUUCGCUACCGGAAAUCGAACGAGAAUUUUUGCAUGACAAAACCUAUGAUGAUGUAUCUAGUUUCUGUGAAUUUUUUUUAGCUCCACAUAUUGGUCAUCUUUAUACUGCGCUGUUAGCAGAUGCUUCAAAUCGUUGGAAACUGUUGAAGAGUGGGAAUGCUGAUUCGAAUUAUUCCUUAUUCACAACAGGAACUGAUGAACAUGGGUUAAAGAUCCAGCGAACCGCCACAGCAACCGGUUAUGAUCCACAAAGUUAUUGCAAUAAUAUUAGCAAUAAAUUCAAGGAUCUACUUUGCACCUUUAGUAUACAACCAAAUGAUUUUAUUCGGACUACUGAAACACGACACAAAGAAGUCGUUAAGCAUGUGUGGAGAGAACUAGAUAAGCGAGGACAAAUACAGCGAGGUAGACAUGAGGGCUGGUAUUCAACUACUGAUGAAUGCUUCUAUACUAGCGAUGAAGUGGAGGAAUUGGGUGGACAAACUUCCAUGGUUAGUAAAAGCACGGGUUCAGUCGUAGAAUGGGUGCAAGAAGAAAAUUAUGUAUUUCCUAUAUAUAGAUAUCUUGAUAAGAUACGAAAUUGGCUCAACAAUUGUGAUGUUAUACGUCCCAAAAUUUAUUUUCCGGAAGCACUUCAACAAGCAAACAUAGAAGGCGACCUUUCAUUAUCAAGAGACAGAAAGCGAGUCAGUUGGGGCAUUCCAGUACCAAAUGAUGAAAGUCAAACGAUAUAUGUUUGGUUCGAUGCACUAAUGAAUUAUUUGACAGUAAGUGGUAUUCUCUUUAACAAGAAAAAAUCAAAUUGGCCACCUACAUUUAUUUGGCCGGCAUUUUUACUUGCACUCGAUCUUCCUCUUCCGAAGCGCAUAUUUGUUCACAGUCACUGGCUUGUGGAUGGAGCUAAGAUGUCAAAAAGUGUUGGAAAUGUGGUCGACCCAUUUAUUGCUGCCAAAUCGUUGUCUGAAGAAGGGUUGAGGUAUUUCUUACUUCGACAAGGAACUCCACAAAAUGAUACAAAUUUCACAAUGUUAAAAGCUAUCAAUGUCAUCAACACGGAUCUCAUAAAUAAUGUUGGAAAUUUGCUACAACGCUCAAUGAUCAAAAAGCUUAAUCCAUCUCAAACAUAUCCUACAUUUUAUCCGGAUUCAUUUCGUAAUGGUUUAGUAGAAUUAGGUGAACCACUGAUAAAAUCUAUCAACUGUUUGGCAGAAGUAUGCGAAGAACAGUUUGAUGAAUUAAUGAUUUAUAAGGCUCUCGAACUUCUUAUGGAGGUAGCGCGGCAAGCAAAUGGUUUUUUUCAGUUUUAUGAACCAUGGAAAGAACUCGACGACAAAAAGGUAUCUUCUUUGCUAUAUAUCUGUUAUGAAGUAUUGCGAAUUUGUGGAAUUUUAUUACAGCCAGCUGUACCUCAUUAUGCAGAUCAUCUAUUAAAUAGGCUAGGAAUAAAAAAGAGUGAACGAGGUUUGAAUAACAUUAAGUUUAUAACAGAUUCAAAAUACUUCGGAAAACCACUGGUUCAAAUCAAAGCCCUGAGAAUAAUGUCGGAUGAUGGUCAUCCAACAAAACGAGCCAAAAAAGCGUCACAUGAAUGUACUGUAAUUUUGAUUGAUGUUGGAGCAAAUAUGAAUAAGGAAGGAGUUGCAGCUACAGACAUGGAGUUAGCAAAGGAUGCCGUGGAAUGGAUCAUAACAAGAAAAAUAUUCACCGAAUCAAUUGAUGAAUUUACGCUGGUACUUUUCGGUUCAGAAAUAACACAGAAUCCAGUUACAAAUAAUGAAAAUAUCUUUUUUUGUGAGGAAGAAAUGCAGCAAGCUAAAACUGAUUGGCUGAGAUUUAUUGAUAAAGAAAUCAAACCGAGUAAAUCAAUUAAUGGUGACUUCCUAACUGCGUUAAUCGUAGCGCUAGAUUAUAUGCGAAAUCAUCUAGAAAGCUAUCCGGAAAAGAAUAUUACUGCGCGAAAUAUUCUUUUGGUAUCAAAUCUGGGUGGUUUUCACGGAAAUGUGGAUGAAGAAUGCAUAGAAGCCGUUAUAAAUGGCUUCAAAACACUUGAAAUUAAUUUUAGUGUUAUAGGUCCAUCAAUUGGAAGACUAGGCAGAGCUAAGGAAGAAAUCAUUUCAACUGAAGAGUCAGCUAUGAAACCAAAAGAAAAACUGUUUAAUGUGGUAGGAUCGCUCAAAUUGGAAUCAGCUGAAUCUAUAAUGACAAAUAUAUUGAAACAAAUUGACGGUGUCAUUUAUUCUUUUGCUGAAUCUUUGUCAGUGCUGCAGCGUUUCGUACCUCGAAAAGUGAACUUGCGUGGUCAAAAAUUCUAUCUGGAACUGGGAAUUGAUUUGAAAUUGCCUUUACAAAUGUACAAAAAGAUUCAGACUACUGAUUUCAAACUCGCUGCAGAAAAGUAUGCGUCGACAACCGGCGCCCAGCUGAAGCGCAAAACAGUAUAUGAAAAAUAUGUAAAAGAUGAGAAAGUUGGGGAUGAUAUAAGCACAGUGGAUGUCGAUGCCGGCAAUGAUAACUUAUCUCAAGGAUGUGGUUCUAAAAUGUCUGAAGGAGAAAUUGUUAAAGGAUAUAAAUUCGGAACAACAAUUGUUCCUUAUAAUGAGGAAGAUCAAAAAGAAUAUGGGUGGAAACGAGAAAAUCGCUGCUUGAAACUCAUACAAUUUACCAAAAGAUCUCAG